CCCAGAGGAGCUCCGUCUCUCCUCCUCCUCCUUCUCCUCCUCCACCCAUCCAUCCACCCAGCCAUCCAUCCACCUCUGGCGCACGACGGGUCAUCUGGCGUCCAAAAUGACCUUCAAAGUAUCGAGCUGAGCGGUGCCUUUUGCCCUCAGUGGACUUGGCCGUGCAAAAGCAAAGGGGUGCGCACAUCGCCGGGGGAGCGGCGGGCGGACACGGACGGACACAGGCGUCGGGCUCGGCAUCGCGUCACCGCAGAGUGCUGUGGUCGGCUGUACUCUCAUACAUUUGCUGGACUCCGCCGCUGACAGCGACCGUAUGGCGAAGACGGUGCAUUCAACGCCCGGUGCGCUGACAGGUGAAGGCGCGGCACAGCCGUCACUCAGCUUACUUCCUGACAAGAGAUCUCCCAGCAACGGUCACCGAUCUCCAGCCCGAGUAGCAUCUGCAGGAAAAACUACUCCAUCCAGCACAGAGAAGAAGCCACAGAUAAAUGGGCAUCCGUCCCCUUUACACAUGCCAAGUAGCGUCAGUAACACCCAUGCAGGUAAACCAUAUGUGGAAGGCUACAUGAAGACGGAUGACAGGAUGCGUCUAGCCAAAGAGAGACGCGAGGAGAGGGAGAGAAGCCUGGCGGCAAGAGAGCAGCUGAUCAGGGAGAAGGAGCGGCGAGCUCGGCUGCAGUAUGAACGCACGGUGGAGGAGCGUUUCAGACGGCUGGAGGAGCAGAGGCAGAAGGAGGAGCUCCGCAGAGCCGCUGUGGAGGAGAAGAGGAGGCAGCAGCUGGAGGAGGAGAGAGAGCGCCUGGAGGCCCUGAUGAAACGCUCUCUGGAGCGCAGCCUUCAGCUGGAGCAGAGGACCAAACGCUGGAGCAGAGGCUGCACGGCCGGAGCAGCCCCCUGCAGCCCUCACAGGUCACCAUUUCGGGGCACACUGAACCCAGCUGAUCACAACAGAGCAGGAGUUCAGGGAGGCUCUCAGUCCACUCCCAACACCCCUAAGAGAGAGCGACUGCGCAGAGAUAGGAGGACUGAUUCUCCUGGUUUUGGGUCCCCUGUGAGAAGAGCAGAAUCCCCUGCGAGCGUAACCAAGUAUUUGGCUUCUCCUCCUACCUCCAAGCUGACAUCCAAGAUGCGUUCCCACUCUCCUAGCAAUGGACACCAGUACCAUUCCUCUCCUACAAGACAUCGUCCAAACCCUGACGACAGCAAGAAGGUACAGGACAAGACGGUGGAAAAACACGGUGAAGAAUCCAAAACUGAGACUGCUGUGAAAAAGAACUGUGACAUCGACAGCCCUGGUCCAUAUUUACACGUCGAGAAAUCCACCGAGAAGAAUUUAGUCAACAAUGAAAUCGCCAAAAACAGGCCAACAAAGGCUGAAAGUUGUGAUAAGCACCUUAGGAGUGAGACACCUGAAAGGAAUGAUUCCCCUGACAAAAAGGAUCCAGGGUCUCCAAAAGUGGAUACCUUAGAAAAGAAGAUCAAAAGCAAUGACCAGGAUGCUGACAAAAGAAAAGAAUCGGCCCCAUGCACACCCACAGGAAAGCAGGCAGCCGGCACAACAAAUGCAGAGGAGGCUACCAGGUUGCUGGCAGAGCGGAGGCGUCACGCCCGGGCACAGAAAGAACUGGAGGAGAAGAAACGAGAACACGAGGAGGAAGAAAGGCUGAAGGCAGAGCAGCUCAAAAAGCAGCCAGCACCGGAGCAGCCGAAGCAGGAGGCGAAGACGGAGCACGUGAAGGAGGGGAAGAAGAAAGAAGAAGAUGCUCCCAGGCUGAAGAAAGAAGAGGAAAAACGAAAGCAGGAGGAGCAGGAGAAGGAACUGCAGACCCAGGUGGACAAAGAGAAAGAAAAAGCCAAGGUUCAGGCUCAAGAGGACGCAGAGCGCCAGCGUCAAGACAGAGAGCUACAGAAGCAGCACGAGGAGGAGGAGAGGCAACUGAGGAAGAAGAGAAUUGAAGAGAUCAUGAAGAGAACGAGGAAGAACGAAGCUGACGUGAAGAAGGAGGAGCAGGUGGAGACCAAGUCUGUCUCACCACCAGGGGAAGUAAGGAUGAAUGUUCAAACUAGUGAUCAGGUGAAUGAACAAGCAAUCCAAAAAGUUGAGUUGCAGGUAAAUGAACAGGUCCCAGUCCAGGGUAAUAAACAGGGAAGCACCCCGGUGAAGAAAGAAGCAGCGGUGGCACAGAUGGACAAUCAGAAGACUAUGCAAGUACAGAAAAACACUGAACAGGUGACUCCGACACGUAGCGCUCCUGAAAAGGGACCGGACGCCAAACAAGUCAAAGAAGAGCACGUCACCCGAGUUGGCAACGACGGCAAAGCUCAUGCACUCAAGCCACAGGAAAAACAGGCGGACACCCAUGUGAGCAAGCAGGACAGAGCACAGGCCAAUACUAAAGCCAAUGACCAAAUAAAUAAAGAACUGACAAAUACAGCAGAUGCCAAAGUCAACCAAAAGGAGAGUGUCAUGGUGAAUGGAGGAAUGAAUAGUCAAGGGAGUGCCCAGACUAGUAACCAACUUACCACAGAGGUAAGCAAGCAUCAAAGCUCCCCUGUGGAAGUGGCACAUGGCACGUCGAAAACUGAGGGAAAGGCUAAGGAAACGUCUGAGACGGAAGUUACCAGAGCCUCGGUGACGCCCCUGCCAGUGGGACACCCAUCGCCGCCGGUCAUCAAGCUGGAGCCACUCGAUGUGAAGAGCACCGGAUCUUGUGAUGAGGUGCAGUCAAUGGAGGUCAGCCCAGUUUCUAAGGAUGAACUGAUCUCCAUCCCAGAGUUCUCGCCCGUGAAUGAAGUCCAGCACGGCGGUAUGAGUAACACCCGCGCCCUUGAGGACCUGUUGGACCUCACUGGGAACAUCGCCUACCCCAAAUUGUCCUCCGAAGCCAGCAUAGGCGACUGCAACAAGAACCUGAUAGAGGGCGUCGUCAGUCCCAUGUCGGAUUCAAAGCUCAUUGAGAUGUCCUCUCCGUCCUCAAAUAAACUUAGCGUCCAGUAGUCCACUAAUCUCUCUCUCCUCUCUCUUUCUCUCUCUCUUUCUCUUUCUCUUUCUGUCUGUCAGUCCCUCAUGCUCACGUUAGGAUAUACACUGUGCUCUGUCUCGGGUUUAAACAGUGGUUCUCAGCCUUAGGGUUGACACUAGACAACAAUUAUAAGGUGGCCCAGCUCACCAUUUUGAAUAUGUGUCCCCGUGUCGUUGCGUAACAGUACAUUUAUGGAAUUUGAGCCAUAGAGGCUGAGAACAACUGCGCUAGAUGGCCUUGUCACUUCUUCUAAAAGAGGCUUAGGCGGGUCUGUCUCGGUGGUUUCCUCCGCCGACUCAUUUGAGACGGGACAGAAACCGCCGACUCUGGAUUUUAAUCAUUCAAAACACUGUAAACCUUGAAUUGCAAUAUAACUGAAGCAUCUGUAAUCUGUUCACAUCGCAUUGAACCACUGUACUCGUGUGUUUUCAAAGAUAAGUGUUCAACUUACAAUUCUUGUGAUGAUCAUAUCCUAGUGCGACAAAUGUGUUAUAUCAGGUACUUCAAAAGACUUCUGUGAGUGUGUGUGUGUGCGUGUGUGUGUGUGUGCAAACUGAGAGCACAUGUUUAAAGAGAGAGAGGGAGAGAAGGCAUGCCUGUAAUAUUGUGAGAAAAUAAUGCAAAUAUCAGGGUUUUGAAUCUUACACAACCUUAGGAAAAAGCACUACUGCUAAGUUACAGUAGCUUGGUGAGACUUUUUUUUAUUUCCCCACUGCACAGCUCCCCUCAUAGGUCUUCUUAUCCCUGACUGAAAGCCUGCUCUGAUCAUUGAGGGUGGCAUUUGUGUUCCUUUGCCUUUGUGCUCAGAUCAGCAGAUGAAAUUCAGAGUGUUGUGGGGCAAAGUGCGACUAUUUCGUCUUCAUGGCAGCAUACGCAUCAAUACUGUGAAACGUUAUUUCAACAUAAUGUUAUUUCUCAGUGUUUAGCACAUUGCACAUUGUGCAUGCUUGCUUUAGUAAUUGAUUUGACGGGAGUUGUAUCAAUUUGACCGGCAAACUGAAAUCCAGUGGAACUCUUUGACCUGUGAAAUUGAUAAUACAGACUCUUCAAACUGUUUUGGGUAAACACAGCAAGCAGGAGUGCACAUGCUUGGUGGAGGGUCAAGAUAAGUGCAGUCACGCACCCAUCUUCCCCUCUGAGGUCUGGUCGCAGAUUGUUGGCUUUUUUCACUUUUUUUUUUUUUUUUUUUUUUCCCAUUUCUUGCCAGUUGAGAUUAUUCCCGUUAUUCUUGUGUACCUUUAACUGGGACUUUGUCACUCUAGAUGAGUGAGAAGACUUGACCAAAACCUGUUAUUUUGAAUGUCACCACUUCAAAACAAAACAAAACAAAAUCAUGACAAAUAGUUUUAAUGUAGAGGUUUCGCUGUGUUGGUUGCAGAGUGAAUUUCCUAUUUGGAGCCUGUUGCUGGACUAUAUGGAUUCAUAAGAGCUCCAGUCCAAUAACAAAAAGGCUAUUUCCCAGUGAUACUUUACCUUAUGACCUAAAAUAGACAAUUUCACAGAGGGAGGUGUAUUACAUGUUAUACAAAUCAAAUAAAAGUCUUAACUCUUGCACACAUAUUUUAUCCUGCAGAUCCUUUGCACCACUCCAAAAAAAAAAAAAGAAAAAAGAAAAAAGAAAAGAACAAUGUAUUUAUUGUUGUAAGAAGAAGAAGAAAAUGUUAUUUAAGUGUGUGACAGCUGAGAGGCUUUAUUUAUAGAUUUAUAUAUGGAUUGCAACCAAGUGCACAUCAUGCAGGAUGCUGGUGAUGUGUGUGGCUCGAGUGCACACACUGGGAUGUUUGCUCAACAAUAAAAAGGCAUGUUCCCAGUAAAGUCUAGGUAUAGAAAUGCAGUUGAGUGUCAUAUUUUUUUUCCUUCUAUAAGCCUGGCUAUCUUGUAAGGGAAACCCACUCCCCUCUAUGGAGAAUCUUCAUUAGGUUUCUGUAUUGUUCCUCAAAUGAUUGUUGCUGUGAUGACUGACGGUUUCCAUUUUCUGUGUGAUGUCUUUGUAUGAUUUUUAGUAUGCCUUAUGGGGGACUGUUCUGUUGCUACAUUUUUGUACUGAACAUUUUACAGUCAGUUGCUAAUUGUGGGCAUUCGAGCUUGUUGUAAUCUACAUCCAUCCGGCUAGGCCACUGGGAUUGCUGUGUGUUUGCCAUUGUACUUGUGCCCUUGUUUAAAAUGCAUCACAUACCCAUUUCAUCCUGUAACCACGAAUGACAGCAACUAAUGCAUUUAUUUUUAUGUCAUACAUAAAGUGACUUAACCUUUACUAUCUAUGGACACUACCAAGCCUUUUAAGACAGAGGCUGUGACUUGUCUAAAAUGAGAUAGGCCUAUAGCGCAGCAUUUGAAACUUAGGAUUUGGUGUAUACUUUGCAUAUUGGAAAAAAAAACCAACAACUGCUGUUCCACAGUGAUUAAUAUGAUGCUUUUGAUAAAUGCAGAAAGGACUACAGUUAAGGACAACCAAAUAUGGAUGCACACAUAAAGGUUAAUAGAGAAAAAAAAAUAUUCAAGUCAGUUCAAACCCGUGUCUCAAAGCAGCAUAUCACAGUCAACCUAAAUCUGUAAGUUAUGUAACUAAUGUAGACUAGACAUUGUGCAUGGUAAGCAUGGUCAUAAUUAUCCGAAUCAAUAAAAAAAAAAAAAGUAAACCUG